UUACUAAGUAGUAGCAAUGGCACUGCACAGGCUCUACCACCGCAAGCGUCACGUGAGCUGGAAAAACUGCGACGUGAGUUAAUGUACCGUAACCAAUUGACACUACAGCAAGAUGCACGUUUACAUUUGCAAAGGGAGGCGCUACAACAACGCCAAGCUGAGCUACGCUCAGUGGAUCAGCGUAUCUAUGAAUUGCAAACACGAUUACAACGUAAAAAAGCCGCCAACAUACAAAUUGUGACACAAAACCAAAAUCAACUUCACGUGCAGCCGCAUCUAUUACAACAACAGCAGCAGCAACAGCAGACGCAAUUGCAACAACAGCAACAGACAAAUACACAAAAUCUGCAUCAACAACUGCAACAGCAACAGCAGCAGACAACAUCCUAUAACGCAGAUCCAAUUAGUUUUCAGAAUAACGUUGAAAAACAAGGUGUGGCUGCACUGAAACAGCAGUUACUACAAAAGCAAACGGGGAAUCACAUUACCGACGCAACAACCCACGGACAUACGCAGUUGCAUACAAAUAAAUUUUCAAAUAUAAUUAAUCGUGAACAGAACCGUAAUAUUCCACGUGGCAACGUAGCCGCUGUAGAACCUUAUAUACACACGCCACAGAAAUCGACAAUAUCAUCCACUUCCAGCUAUUUGAGUGGAGGAAACAUACUUAAGCAUUCAGCAGCCACAGCUAACACAAACCUACAAAAUCAACUCAUACAAGACUUAACGCACGUGAAGCUCAAUCUAACGCACAGCAACUCACACAACAAUGCUCCAAACUCUAACUUCUUUAGUGGGGAGAGCGAUGAAACCAAGUUGGCCAAAAAAAUGCUAACAGCAACAAUAACUCCAAAAUCAGCUGACUCCCCGAAACAGCUCGAAAUAGAUACUUCACAUCAUAUAUAUGCGGAAAUCGGACCGAAAAAGCGUGAUCUUGUUAAGGACACAACAACUGCAACAACAACUGGAACAACAACAACAGCAGCAGCAACAAAUCUAGAAACACAAACGACUACUACAACCGUUACUCAAACAAGCAAAAUACCUAAAAGUAUUGUUUCAACAACAUCGGCUUCGGCUAUGAUAAGCAAACUGAAUGCUGCAGCCAACAAUCAGUUAGCAUCAACUGCAACAACAACUCAGUUGAAGAAGAAGCGUGAAAAUGAGAAGAAAUCAGAUGUCGCUGUUACCAGCGAGACGCUCUCCGAAAAAAAUACCCAACAGUUAACAGUGCACAGCAUGCCAUUGGAUGCAGCUAAAAGUGGCAUAGCCACUGCACCUGCAAUAGUUACAAGUGCCGAAAGUUUGCUGACAAAACCCAAACCAAUUUCUGUGCUCUCAACUGGCAACUUAGCGGUACCACCGCGCAAACCUAUAAGCAGUGUUGCGCCAUCUUCAGUUAGUAGUUCCAUACCGAAAAUUAUUGCAUUCAGUCCUAAGGUGAAUCGCGUAGCACCAAAUGUUAUAGCGCCAACUUCUGCAGUCUGCAAUGCAAAUGACCGUCCUGCUUUGCCACCAAAACCAAGUAAAAUGUCUCCAACGGAGUCCACAACUGAAGCUACAGUAACCACGAUUGCAAGUAACUCCACCGCAAUAGCUAAACCAGCAGCAACAAUGGAACCACAUGGUACAUUGAAUAUGCAAGCACUGAAUAUAAAUGAUAAUUUACCUAUAAAAGCUAAGCCACUGACAAUACGCAAACAGCCCAUGUCUGAGCAACCUCGGUUAAAAUUGUCGAAUGUAGGUCCAAAGCCCUUACCGCAACCGGCACGUAAAAUUGAUAUACCAACCACUACAGCGUUAUUAUAUAGUGAGAACAAUAAGAGUAUAGUUUCAAAAGAAUGCAAUGAUACACAUAUCAAUACCGCUGAACAAGUUCAACGGUAUUCACCGGAUGCACAAAAUUCUCCUAAUACUACCACAACGCAAUCAAAUUCUAGUGUUGAUGAAACUGACAAAACUAACAAUAGCCCCACAUCUUCAGAUAAAUCGUUGGACAGUUUGAAAAGACGAAUGCGUGCAAGCUCCACACCUGCCGCAGGUGGCAAACCUAAAUUGACACGUCGUGUUAGUUUCGAUCCUUUAGCUCUACUUUUGGAUGCAAGUCUGGAAGGUGAACUAGAAUUAGUUAAAAAGACAGCAAUGCAGGUAACGAAUCCCAGCGCUGCUAAUGAUGAGGGUAUCACAGCACUUCACAACGCCAUAUGUGCCGGACACUUUGACAUUGUCAAAUUUUUGGUAGAAUUUGGUUGCGAUGUCAAUGCUCAAGAUUCAGAUGGUUGGACA